CACCAGGAGUGUGAAGCCAUUGUCCAGUCUAUCAUUCACAUACGGACUCGAUGGGAACUGUCACAACCAGAUUCCAUCCCCCAACACACUAAAAUCCGUCCAAAGGAUGUUCCUGGAACACUACUUAACAUAGCAUUACUCAACUUGGGAAGCUCUGAUCCAAGUCUACGGUCUGCUGCCUAUAACCUUCUGUGUGCCUUAACAUGUACCUUUAAUUUAAAAAUUGAGGGGCAGCUACUGGAGACUUCGGGUCUUUGUAUCCCAGCCAACAAUACACUUUUCAUAGUUUCCAUUAGCAAAACCCUGGCAGCUAAUGAACCACACCUCACACUUGAGUUCCUAGAGGAGUGCAUUUCUGGCUUCAGCAAAUCUAGCAUUGAGCUGAAGCAUCUCUGUCUGGAAUACAUGACUCCUUGGUUGUUGAAUCUUGUUCGGUUUUGUAAGCUCACUGAUGAUGCAAAGAGGCAGCGUGUCAGUGCUAUCUUGGACAAGCUGAUAACCAUGACCAUUAAUGAAAAACAGAUGUAUCCUUCCAUUCAAGCAAAAAUAUGGGGCAGUCUGGGACAGAUCACAGAUCUUCUAGAUGUUGUACUAGACAGCUUCAUCAAAACCAGUGCAACAGGUGGACUGGGAUCCAUAAAGGCUGAGGUUAUGGCUGAUACAGCAGUUGCUCUGGCAUCUGGUAACGUUAAACUGGUUUCAAGCAAGGUGAUCGGGAGGAUGUGCAAAAUAAUUGACAAGACCUGUCUUUCUCCUACCCCAACACUGGAACAGCACCUCAUGUGGGACGAUAUUGCCAUACUUGCCCGAUACAUGCUCAUGCUGUCCUUCAACAACUCCUUGGAUGUGGCUGCCCAUCUACCCUACCUCUUCCAUGUUGUCACAUUAUUGGUGGCAACAGGUCCUCUUUCUCUUCGAGCUUCCACCCAUGGACUUGUGAUCAAUAUUAUUCACUCUUUGUGUACCUGCUCACAGCUGAAUUUUAGUGAGGAGACCAAGCAAGUAUUGCGGCUCAGUCUUACUGAGUUUUCCCUGCCUAAGUUCUACCUGUUGUUUGGGAUUAGUAAAGUGAAAUCUGCUGCAGUUAUUGCUUUCCGAUCCAGUUAUCGUGAUCGCUCAUUUUCGCCUGGUUCCUAUGAGAGGGAGACAUUUGCUCUGACUUCAUUGGAAACUGUUACAGAAGCACUGUUAGAAAUUAUGGAGGCUUGCAUGAGAGAUAUCCCAACUUGCAAAUGGUUGGACCAGUGGACUGAACUUGCUCAAAAGUUUGCAUUUCAGUACAAUCCUUCACUACAGCCACGAGCGCUUGUUGUGUUUGGCUGUAUAAGCAAGCGUGUAUCUCAUGGACAGAUUAAACAGAUUAUCCGAAUUUUAAGCAAGGGAUUGGAAAGUUGCUUGAAAGGUCCGGACAACUAUAACAGCCAAGUUCUCAUAGAAGCCACUGUGAUAGCACUAACCAAACUGCAGCCGCUUCUAAAUAAGGAUUCCCCUAUGCACAAAGCUCUCUUUUGGGUGGCAAUGGCAGUACUCCAGCUGGAUGAGGUUAAUUUAUAUUCAGCAGGUACAGCACUACUGGAACAAAACCUGCACACAUUAGACAGCCUUCGAGUAUUCAAUGACAAGAGCCCAGAAGAAGUUUUUAUGGAAAUCAGAAAUCCUCUUGAGGAAUGGCAUUGUAAACAAAUGGACCAUUUUGUUGGCCUCAAUUUCAACUCUAACUUCAAUUUUGCACUAGUUGGGCACUUGUUGAAAGGUGUGUUAAUUUGA